AUGAUCAAAGCAGCUCCCGAAGAGCCGACCCCAGCUGAGAUCCAGGAGGGCAUCACGAAGCUGCGGUACAUGCAGUUCAGGGAGCGCCUGUCCUCCUCGGGUCACUUCGGGUUCCGCCUGGAGAUGGUGAAGGCGGGUAAGAACUCGAUCAGCAAGGACGAGACGAAGACGAUCAGCUCCAAGGCAGAUAUCCAGCUUUCCUUCCACAAGUUCCUCAACGGCAGGACGGAGGUCUGGGCUGCCUGCCUCGAACGUCUCAAGCAUCUCCGCACAGCGCUGGAGGCCUCGGAGUGGUUCCGCCUGCAUGAGCUGGUGGGCAGCUCCCUGCUCUUCGUGUACGACGCUGAGGAGGAGAGCAAGCUGGGAAUCUGGAUGAUCGACUUCGCGCAUGCGAACAAGGUGCCGGUGACGCUCGACCACAGGAAAGAGUGGGAGGAAGGGAACUACGAAGACGGUUACUUGUACGGGCUCGACAGCUUGAUCGAGAUAUGGCAGGACUUGUACAACACUUAAAAAGAUCUCCCUCUCUCUAUAUAAACUGCUCUCAGCUACCCUAUCUCCUCCCCCCUCAACGCUUUCUCCUUUGCUCCCCGCUCCACCUCUCCCCUCCCCUUCCUCCUCCUCCCCUUGCCUCUCCCUUCUCCAUCUCACGCCAUCGCCUCCGUCACUAUCAUCAAACAGCUGUCUUCCCACCUCACCGACCUUGACCUCUGCCUUGUACCUUGUCAUCCAUUGCCCAGCACUCCUCCUCCUCCUCCUCCUCCUCCUACUCCUCCUCCUCCUCUCUGGACCGUCAGCUUGUCCUGCAGGAGCUGGAAGGACGAGAAUUGCUGCCAGGC